CCAAUGUCUUUGUUAAGUGUCCAUUUUAUCAACCGAGACAAGGCCACCAUCGAAUCUCACUGGGUUGAUGCCAAAGUCUCCUUCCCAUCUCCCCCACCCACCACUGCUCUCUUCUAACCUGGUCUGCGGACUCCACCGAGGGUUAUGUUUUUACACUGUAAAUCUGCUGGGUCACAUCUUCUCCGGAAAUCUUUUAACGGGCCGGAUAUGUCAAUGCACUGAGCAGAAGUCGGUCCUCCGUGGAGGCACCCCCUGGACUCCGCACACCGGGCAGGCGGUCCAGCUGCACUUCUGCCGCACGGAUUCCUGCCGGGGCGCAAGCCCCCAUUCGCCAACAGCACCGCCUUUGUUCCGACCCGCACGCCCCCAAGUGGAGCUCCUCUGGGAACUGAGGCACCGGCAGAUUUUGCGCCUGCACCUGGGUCUCUAAAGCGCUCUCUGGGAGGGAGUCUCCUUAGAAACAAUGCAAAUGGGGAGUAAAUAAGCCCGCGCUCAUUAAGGGGAAGCUGUGGUCGGAAGCUUUUUGCCCCGGAACCUCCGCAUCCCUUUCCAGACCUCAGGCGCGGAGCCCAGCCGCUGCCUCUCCGCUCCGCCGCGUGCUCUCCUUCCUCCCACCGCCGAGUUUCUAGAGGCGCUGGGGGAGCAUGGGAUCCGCUUCCGCGAGGAGCCCAGCGCCUCCACCUCGCCUGUCCCUCUGCGGGGGAGCUCUCCUGGCGGCUGCGGUGCUGCUGCUGGCGCUGCCGGCAACCUGGGGUCAAUGCAAGGCCCCACAGUUUCCUUUUGCCAAGCCUACAAAUCCAACGGAGGAGUCUGAGUUUCCCAUUGGGACAACUCUGAAGUAUGAAUGUCGUCCCGGUUACAUCAAGAGGCGGUUCUCUAUCACCUGCCAAGAAAACGCGGUCUGGACAGAGGUAGAAGACCAGUGUAAACGCAAAUCAUGUGAAAAUCCUCCAGACCCUAUUAAUGGCAUGGUGCACAUAGUCUCAAACAUCCAGUUUGGGUCCAGAAUUAAUUAUUCUUGCAAUAAAGGGUAUCGGCUCAUUGGCCAACCCUAUGCUGAAUGCCUCCUCUCAAGUGACGGUGUUGCCUGGGACAGUGAAACGCCAAUCUGUGAGAGUAUUUCUUGUAAGCCACCCCCAGCCAUUGCCAAUGGAAAUUUCCACAGCUUUGAUAAAGAAGAUUUUCCAUAUGGAACAGUAGUGACCUAUUCCUGCAAUGUUGGAAAGAGCCGGAAAAAGCUGUUUGACCUCAUUGGGGAGCCCUCCAUAUAUUGUACCAGCAAUGAUGAUCAGGUUGGCAUCUGGAGCAGCCCCCCUCCUCAGUGCGUUGAACCUAAUAAAUGUACACCUCCAGACGUGGAAAAUGCAGUCAUUGUAUCUGAACUCAAGAACUUGUUUUCCUUAACUGAAAUCGUGGAGUUGAAGUGUCAGCCUGGCUUCGUCAUGCAAGGACCCAGCCAAGUGCGGUGCAAAGCCUUAAACAAAUGGGAACCCGAGCUGCCGCACUGCUCCAGGGUGUGUCAGCCACCUCCAGAAAUCCUGCAUGGGGAGCACACCCAGAGCAACAGGGACGUCUUCUCCCCUGGACAGGAAGUGACCUACAGCUGUGAGCCUGGCUAUGACCUCAGAGGGGCUGCUUCCCUGCGCUGCACACCACAGGGAACCUGGAGCCCCGCAGCCCCGACAUGUGCAGUGAAAUCUUGUGAUUACUUCCUGGACCAACUCCCUAAUGGCCGUGUGUUAUUUCCACUUAAUCUCCAGCUUGGAGCCAAAGUGUCCUUUGUCUGUGAGGAAGGGUUCCGAUUAAAAGGCAGUUCUUCCAGUCAUUGUGUCUUGGUUGGGAUGGAAGGCCAUUGGAAUAGCAGUGUUCCUGUAUGUGAGCAAAUCUUUUGUCCGAGUCCUCCGGCCAUCCUCAACGGGAGACACACAGGGAAACCGCUGGAAGUCUUUCCCUUUGGAAGAGCAGUAACUUACACAUGUGACCCCCACCCCGACGGAGGGCUGACCCUCAGCCUCACGGGGGAGAGCACCAUCCAUUGCAUGAGCGAUGGUCAAGGGAAUGGGAUUUGGAGCGGCCCCGCCCCUCGCUGUGGACGUCCAGGUCACUGUAAAGCCCCGGAACAUUUUCAAUUUGCCAAACUGAAAACCCAAACCAACGAAUUUGAGUUUCCCAUUGGGACAUCUUUGAAGUACGAAUGCCGUGCUGGGUACUUGGGAAGGCCAUUCUCUAUUAAGUGUCUAGAAGAUCUGGUCUGGUCAAGGCCCAAAGACGUCUGUGCCCGCAAAUCAUGUGAAAACCCUCCAGAUCCUAAGAAUGGAAUGGUACAUGUCACCACAGAUAUCAAGUUUGGAGCUAGAAUUCAUUAUUCUUGCAAUAAAGGGUACCGAAUCCUUGGUCAAACAUCUGCCGAAUGUGUCCUCUCAGGCAAUACUGUCAAAUGGGAGGCGGAGCCACCAAUUUGUGAACGUAUUCCUUGUGCACCACCCCCAGCCAUCGCCAAUGGAGAUUUCUACAGUACCAACAGGGAAGAAUUUCUAUAUGGAAUGGUGGUGACCUAUUUUUGCAAAGCUGGAGUAGGAAGCAGAAAGCUGUUUGACCUCAUCGGGGAGCCCUCCAUAUAUUGUACCAGCCAUGAUGAUCAGGUUGGCGUCUGGAGCGGCCCCCCUCCUCAGUGCAUUGAACCUAAUAAAUGUACACCUCCAAACGUGGAAAACGCAGUCAUGGUAACUGGUCACAAGAACUUGUUUUCCUUAUAUGAAAUCGUGGAGUUGAAGUGUCAGCCUGGCUUUGUCAUGCAAGGACCCAGCCAAGUGUGGUGCAAAGCUCUAAACAAAUGGGAACCUAAGCUGCCGCACUGCUCCAGGGUGUGUCAGCCACCUCCAGAAAUCCUGCAUGGUGAGCGCACCCCAAGCCACAAGGACGCCUUUUCUCCUGGGCAGGAAGUAAUCUACAGCUGUGAGCCUGGCUAUGAACUCACAGGGGCUGCUUCUGUACGCUGUACACCCCAGGGAGACUGGAACCCUCCGGCCCCAACAUGUGCAGUGAAACCAUGUGAUCAUUUCCUGGAACAACUCCCUAAUGGCCACAUAUCAGUUCCACUUAAUCUCCAGCUUGGAGCAAAAGUGUCCUUUGUCUGUGAUGAAGGGUUCCAUUUAAAGGGAAGCUCUGUUAGUCAUUGCGUCUUGGUGGGAACAAGAAGCCUUUGGAACAGCAGCGUGCCUGUGUGUGAACAAAUCUUUUGUCCAAAUCCUCCAGCUAUCCUUAAUGGGAGACACACAGGACCUCCUCUGGGAGAUAUUCCCUAUGGAAAAGAAGUAUCUUACACAUGUGACUCCCAUCCUGAAGGAGGGAUGACCUUCAGCCUCAUUGGGAAGAGCACCAUCCGCUGCAUGAGUGACAGUCAAGGGAAAGGGGUUUGGAGUGGUCCCGCCCCUCAUUGUGAACUUCUUAUUCCUGUUGGUCGCUGUAGCAUCCCAGAGCAGUUCCCAUUUGCCAGUCCUACAACUCCAAUUGAUAUGUCUGAAUUCCCAGUUGGGACAUCCUUGAAUUAUGAAUGUGGCCCUGGGUACUUGGGGGGCACCUUCUCCAUCACCUGCCUUGAAAACUUGGUCUGGUCAAGCACAGAGGACACCUGCAGACGAAAAUCAUGUGGAACUCCUCCAGAACCCUUUAAUGGAAUGGUACAUAUAAAUACAGAUACCCAGUUUGGAUCAAUAAUCAACUAUUCUUGUAAUGAAGGGUAUCGCCUUGUUGGUUCCCCAACUGCUGCUUGUCUCCUCUUGGGCAGUAGCGUGGCAUGGGAUAAGGAGGCACCUAUCUGUGAGACUAUAUCUUGUGAGCCACCUCCAGUCAUAUCCAAUGGAACCUUCUACAGCUACAAUGGAACAUUUUUUCCCUAUGGAAUGGUGGUGACUUACCAGUGCCACACUGGGCCAGGUGGAGAAAAGGUGUUUGACCUUGUGGGAGAACAAUCAAUAUAUUGUACCAGCAAAGACGGUCAUCUCGGUGUUUGGAACAGCCCUCCUCCUCAGUGUAUUUCUACUAAUAAAUGCACAGCUCCAGAAGUUGAAAAUGGAGUAAGAGUCACAGGAAAUAGGAGUUUAUUUUUGAUCAAUGAGAUCGUGAGAUUUAAAUGUCAGCCUGGCUUUGUCAUGAAAGGGUCCAACACUGUGCAGUGCUACGCCAACAACAGAUGGGGACCUGAGCUGCCACGCUGCUCCAGGGUGAGAUCAUGCGAUGACUUCCUGGACCAACUGCCCAAUGGCCGUGUGGUACGUCCACUUAAUCUCCAGCUUGGGGCAAAAGUGACCUUCAUUUGUGAUGAAGGGUUCCGAUUAAGGGGCAGCUCUGCCAGUCAUUGUGUCUUGGCUGGAAUGGAAAGCCUUUGGAACAGCAGUGUUCCCAUAUGUGAACAAAUCCUUUGUCCAAAUCCUCCAUUUAUUCUUAAUGGAAGACACACAGGACCUCCUCUGGGAGAUAUUCCUUAUGGAAAAGAAGUAUCUUACACAUGUGACCCCCAUCCUGAAGGAGGGAUGACCUUCAGCCUCAUUGGGAAGAGCACCAUCCGCUGCAUGAGUGACAGUCAAGGGAACGGGAUCUGGAGUGACCCUGCCCCUAGCUGUGAACUUCCUGUUCCUGUUGCAUGCCCACCUCCACCCAAGAUCCAGGGAGGGCACCACACUGGAGGACGUGACGCUCCUUUUCUCCCUGGAAUGAUUGUCAACUAUACCUGUGACCCUGGCUACCUGUUGGUGGGAAAGGCCUUCAUUUUCUGUUCAGACCAAGGAACCUGGAGCCAACUGGAUCAUUACUGCAAAGAGGUAAAAUGUGGCCUCCCACAGCUUAUGGAUGGUAUCCAAAAGGAGUUGAAAAUGAGAAAAAUCUAUCACUAUGGAGAGAAUGUAACUUUGGAGUGUGAAGAUGGAUAUAUUCUGGAAGGCAGUCCCCGGAGUCAGUGCCAGGUGGAUGACAGAUGGGACCCUCCUCUGGCCAUAUGUACAUCUCGCCAGCGUGAUGCUCUCAUACUUGGCAUCUCCUUUGGUAUGGUCUUCUUUCUUUUAACCAUCAUUGUUUCCUGUUGGAUGAUUCUAAAGCACAAAAAAGGCAACAAUAUGGAUGAAAAAUGUAAAGAAGUGAGAAUCCACUUACAUCCUCAAGAAGAUAUUUGUGUUCAUCCUCAAACUCUUCUAUCGGAUCAAGAACAUAGCAGAUGUCAAACAUACUAAAUUCAGCGGCAGAACAUGGAAGAGGUCCCAGGGAAAGUUUCAUUGACCCAGCUCAGAAUUCACUCAUCCAAGAAGCUCUGCUGAACAACACCAGUCCAAAAUGAUGCCUCUUUUUGAAUCUCGCAGCAUUUCCUGACUGUACUGCCUUUAAAAUAAACAAUUGUAAGAGUAA